AUGACGGAACAUAAAAAGGAUUUACAAUUCAGUGAAAAUGGCAAAACAGUUUACUACAAAAGUUAUAAGCAGUUCUUCUAUAACGCAGAAAUGUCAUGCCCCUCGUGUCGCCAGAAUCCGGAACUGAUGCUUCCAAAUAUCAUUGCUUUGGUAUCACAUUAA